AUGCAGUCGAGUUUAAAGCUUAAAACAGCUGCGAGUUUACUUGAAUUAAAUAAUGUGAUAACAACAGACAAUAAGCUUCUUGAUAAGCAUUUGCAUGGCGGCAUACAGUUACAAAAAGUGACUGAGUUGGUGGGCAAGCCUGGUGCUGGAAAAACUCAGUUGUGUAUGAAGUUGUGUUUGUUAGUGCAGUUGCCGGCAAUAGUAGGCGGAUUAGCUGGUCAGGCUCUAUAUAUCGACACUCGCCAAUGCUUUGAUCCACAUCGACUGAAAGAGUUGGCCAAUAAGAUAAUAGGGGAUUACAACUUGGCUGUUCAUGGCUUUAGGCCGGACCAGAUGCUUCAAAAUGUGCGCUAUGUAGAAUGCUUAAGUGCUGGACGAUUGAUAGCAAAUAUUAUUGCACUGAAGGAAUAUUUGCAGGCUAAUCCUAUGAUAAAAUUGGUAAUUGUGGAUUCGUUAUCAUUUACAAUCCGUAUGCUAACAAAUGUCAUACAGCGGACGGCUUUAUUAGUUGAGAUACAUGAGCACUUUCAAUUCUUAAUGAGUAGCAAUAAUAUAUCAAUUGUCAUCACUAAUCAACUUGUUGUAAAGGGUUUCUGUCGUCGGCGCAAACGCGCAGGAGAGCAAGAACAAACCCAUAAGAUGCUACGUUUGGAAACUACGUUGGGGCAAAAGCAUUCGCAUUUUGUUGACAAACGUAUUUGGCUUAGUGAAGACAAAUAUUUUAUUGGAAAAACGUGCGCCACAAAAAGGCUUUGUGUAAAAUAGCAAAAUAAAAAU